UGCAGAACAUUGACAACAUGGAUGAAGACUUUCACCCACUGACACUGAAGAGGAGCACCGUGCCCCCGUACGUCCCUACAGCACGCCGAAACACCAUCCCUGGAUAUACAGGCAGAGCUGUUUAUGCUAACUGUGCUGCUGAUGCUGCAGUGUCUGUCUCAGCUGUCUCCGGUUCUGCACACUCCUCUGGGACAAUCAAGGAAUCCGGAAGUCCAACGUUUGGCCGUGCAGCGCCCCUGUCUCGAAUGGUGACCACCGUGACCCCCGGCAACCCCUUCCUGAGACCUGCGCCUCCUGUCCCCCACAAAGGCACGCCAGGAGGCAUUAGACAAAGCAGAUGAGAAAGUUUUGAAGGUGUCAGCUUCCUUUUUAUGCCAUCCAAUCUGUUUAUAUGAAUACGUCUAUAAUGAUGUGAUGUCAGUGACUGAUUCGGAGGGAGUUGGAGAAUAAUGAGAUGCCCCAUUAUCAUAAUUUCCCUGAUUUAGAUGAGUGGUUUUCUAACUCUGGGUAGUGAGCUCUUGCA